GGAUCCAGUCUUAAAAGUAGGAACGCGGUUUCGGGUCAGGACGAUGAAUGUUUGACCCGUUUGUUCCACUCACAGUACUGAUGUUGUUCCUUCCGGGGGAGUCGCGGAUCGCAAGCCAAGGAUCUUCCUCAGAGAUGAAAUGGAGGGAAAAAGGAGAGGGUACGCGUGGGCUGUCUUUGCUGGCAUCUGUGCUGCUCUCGCUGCUGUUUCUGCCAAAUCUUUCCCUUCCUCGCUUCAUUGGAGGUGGCACUUCUUAAAGUAUGGCCUGGUCAUAUCCUGCAACAUGGUCAUGUGGGGCUGCCAUGUCAACAGCCUCAAGCUGCUGUCAUCACUACAGGCUACUGUCACAAACUUCGCCACAAACUUCCUUGCUUCCGGUAUAUCAGGCUUUAUUCUUUUCAGGGAGCCACUAUCUUCCCAGUGGUUUCUUGGUGCCUUUCUUAUUCUCCUUGGGGUGUUUGUCAUGAGCAAAUCGAGCAUAGAAAAGAAGGUGAGCUCAGACUGAACGCGUCUUUCCCAAUUUAUGGCCAUCGCCUCAAGGUCAGCUGAUGCCUACAACACUUCAGGCGUAACACUUCGCAACCUUUUUGUCACAGAGUCAUGAUCAUAGGUCUUGAAGCAAAGUUCUCUGCUUCAUGACAUUGCCUCUGAAGUCCUGUGAAGUUCUUGUUUAUUUUUCAAUGUUCAAUACUUGUUUAUCAUUUUAUUGGUUACAAUUCAGAACAGGCUUUGAAAGUUCUCGAUUUUCUUUUUUCA